CGAAAGCACCAACAAGAACAACAUGAGCUCAAGUCGUUCAGAGAUUUUACACCGACGUCGGCGUUGAUGAGCCGCCACCCACCACCACGGCCUGGCAUGUAAAGAACUACGAAGCCUCCGAAGCGGACAGCAAGCACAUGAUCCUUAAUUUCGUUAUAAUUUUGUGUGCUGCCUGGAAUCGUAUAUCAUUUUAAGUUUGAUCGGCCGCGAAUACGCGCGUACCACCGAACCGAGACAUUGAGGUCGUACUCUUCGCGACAGCACGGUAACUCAUAUAGAUGGAACAGUUAGCAGCAGAGUGAAUAAUUCGAAGGACACAUUUGCAUACAUUUUCUGGCUGUGGUGCGGCACAGGGCAGUAGAUUGCGAUAGAGUUAAACGCAUCCGAAAUUACAUUAUUGUUAUUACCCCCUCUCAAGAAGAGGAAAUCGAAUUUUCAUUAUUUGUAAACAUUAGAAAUUGGUCUGGUCUGCUUCAGCUAUAAACACGACGUACAGUGAACAGUUAGUUAAACACUCGCGUUGUAUGGUGGUCGGGCGCCAUCUACAUAUCUACAUAUAUGGAGAGAUUUUGGCAUUAAAUUGACGCGAUUAAAAAGUUUAUCGGGCCCAACGUUCGCUCUUUCUCUCUCUCUUUCGGCAUGACGGGCGUGUAAAAGAAACGCUGGACAAAGCUCACCCGUCGACAGGCGGUUCGUAACGCUAUACACUAAACCAGCCAGUACUAUAAUCGGUCUUCUGAGUACUGUAGUCUGGCGGUGCCGCGGCCAGGAAAACAGUUUGCAGCUGGAAUAGUGACUGCGUGUGUAUGUGCCUCCAUGUGUUGGGGUUAGUGAUGAUUUCAACUAUUCACCAGUCGUUUACCUACUCAGUAUAGACAUCGAGACGCCAGUGUCGGUUACGCGUCGGUCAAUCGGCGGACCAAAUAAAAAGCAGCAAACAAAUCUAAUAUAUGCGUACACACACUUAUAGAUAUCUACCCAGAUACCUUAAUAAUUGUAAUUGAUUUUGAAAUUAAUUAAUUGAUUCAACCGCAAAAUUCGUGAAGUGCGUCGAAUUCGUGAAGUGUCGUCUGUGUUACAGUGAUAUGUUGCAAAUGGCUAAUAUUUUAUCCUGUGUUUGUGCAUUUUGAUCAAACUUAUUUGUAAGCGUGUGAAUCGAAAGCUCUAGUGGUACUUGAAAGGAUUAAACUGAUUAGCAACUAUUUGUGUAUUGUUGUGAAGGUGUGCUCGUAGACAUACCGCUUUUCCGUGUUCAUACCGUUUUUCGCUGAGUGGUAUAAUUGAUUUUUUCAAGACGUAUAUUGAUACGCGCUUUUACACCGGCCACAAGUUGGAUUUCAAACAACACAGUUGUGCCGGCGGCCCUGUGUCCGGUGGUGGCGUCGUCGGCAAUACCAUCUCGAAUUCCCUUCAGGUGCAUCACGUACAUCAGCCUCAUUUGUCUACUAGUAAUCCGUCUGCCCAUUUACCACCGCAUCAUUCGCUCUUGCAUCCACAUCACGCCGGUACUUCUGCCGUAUCGCACGCAGCCGUCCAAGCUCACGCCGUCGGCUUAUCGCAUAGCGGUUUACCGCCCAUAGGACAGCAGCAGCAGCAAUCAGUUUCAGUAGCACCGACCGCACAACAACAGCCUUCACACCAGCAGCAACAACAAUCGGCGCAGGCACAAGCCCAACAGUUACAUACACCAACUUCCGUCGGUUGUGCGACCAGUAACGGCAGCGCCACUUCCGGUAGUGGCAGCAGUGCCGUCGGCUCGAAUUCCGUAUCGUCGUUGGUCAUUGGCAACGGACCCGGUUCGGGUGGUAAUAACGUCCAUCCGAUUUCGUCGGUGGCCACAUCUGUCUCAACGGCUUCUUCCAUACCUCACAUCGUUCCACCCAGCCUGGGACUGAGUCCUCAAUCCAGUGCAGAUUCCCAACAGUUUAAUAUAUUUCCGGCUAUAUUUAGUCGGCAACUCAAUUUCACGGCGGGUACUUGCGGACAAAGCAAACUUUCAAUGGAUGAACUGCGUCCGAAUUUGGUUGGCGGUUUGUUGGGCUUGCAACAAGGUUUAUUAGAUGACCAUGCGGCGAAUAUGCAGCAUGCUGGGGUUUCUCAAGACACGAAAUUCAUGUCAUUUCAAGAUAAUCGCCUAAUGGGCAUUACCUCUUCGCAUGAGAACCGUUUACUCGGCCUAACUUCAUCGAUGCAAGAUACUCGUUCCCCACUCACAUCCAUCGACAAGGGCUCGCUUAAUCACCAACGCAAAUGCAGUAGUACACCCGAAGACUUUAGCUCAUUGUACUCCGGCUUGCCCACACCUGGCAUGGACACGUCUUCGCACCAUCACACACCCGCGCACACCCCACCAACGCGACUCUCUGACCAUUCGAUAUCCGCGGAAGGUGCAUUUAAGAAGCUCAAGCCCGAACCUAAUACGGGACUCUCGUCUGUUUCCGGCGGUGUCACGUCGCCCGGAAAUGGUUUAUCUUCGUUAAGUCAACAUGCCGGCCAUACACCGACCACAGCAUCCUGCCCGACUCCAGCGAGACGAAGACAUCGGACGACGUUUACACAGGAGCAACUAGCUGAGCUGGAGGCAGCAUUUGCAAAAUCACAUUACCCGGACAUUUACUGCAGAGAGGAACUGGCCCGAACGACGAAGCUGAAUGAAGCACGAAUACAAGUUUGGUUUCAAAAUCGACGCGCAAAAUACCGAAAACAGGAAAAACAGCUGCAGAAAGCUUUAGCUCCAUCUGUGAUCCCCUCCUGCAAUGGCAUGAUGAGGAAUAUUCAAGGAUAUGGUGUAUCACGUGGUUACCAACCCUAUCCACAUCAUAACUCGAUAAAUCGAUAUCCACAGGACUUAUUUCAAAUGGGCGCUUCCUCAUAUCCUGGUAUGACACAACCUUUCACAAUGACGCAUGGCAGCAAUAUGGGUUCCGUGGGGGUGCGGCAAGAUUCAAUGGGUAUGUCACCGGAGGAUGAAUGGUAUAACAAAAGCUUAUCAGCCUUACGCAUGAACAGUUCGCACCAUCCUAACUUAUCUGCGCCAAUGCUGCAAUACCAAACAUAAUCGAAGACUUUUGACGACUUCUUUUAAAAUACAAAUAUGGAGCUAUGAAAAGAAAAUGUGGAUCCUGUAUUUGUAUUUUAAAAGAAUGCCGUCAAGGGAUGAGUUACUAAUGUAGUAGGUAGAAUAUGGACAGUGCCACCCAUGUUAGGUGCAAAUUUGUUAAACGUUUUUUAAAACAAAUCGCAAUAUCAAAAAUAGCAUGAUCAAAUGGAAAGUGAAAAAAUAAUUUGUAAGUCCAAAAACAAAAAUAAAGUGUAUAUUAUGAUUAAUUGUGAAUGUAUAUACCUAAGCAUAAAGCUAAGUUGCGUAUCGAAAUUAUAGAACAUAAAAAUGGAUUUCCACAUAUAUUUUAAAUAUGAUAAAUAUUGCCCAAGUUUUUGUGGAUUUAUAGCGGGAUUCUGUAACCAGUCUCUAGUCUCUAUUUGAGACAUUUUGAGGUAAAGUCUCAAUUUGUGACUAGUUACUAUUCACUAAACAGUCUCUAGCGUUAGUCUCAAAAUAUUGCCUCAAAUUUGAGACCUGAUAGUUAGCAGGUCACAAAACUAAAAAGAACUCUUGUCUGCCAUUUUGAAUAUACUGAAUAGAGAUCAUCAUAGAUAUUAACCGAUUGUCGUUUUUUUAUAUGUAUGUAUGUUGUAAGCAGCUCAAACACGAAAAGGUUAACAACAAGAAAAAAC